AUGUUCCCCAUUUUUCAGGUGGAAGACUUUGCCAACUUCAUCAAGUCGAAAUUGUCGGAAUUGCGUGACGAGGAGGCCUACAAUGCGCUCAAAGAGCUGCAAAAGCGCGGAAAUGUGGACAAGGCGUGCGGAAACGGAAUGACGACGACCCUAUUGUCGAAUUUGGGAAAGAAGCAGAUUUGCGCGUGGCUCAAGGCAAGCAAUUCGAGAUUUUUCGCAAAAACGACGAAAUUUGGUGCUGUUGAGGUAAAAACCUAUUUUUCUUCAGGAAAACUUGCAAAAUCCGGAUGAAGUUCGCAAAAUCGUGACGGCCUUUAGUAGUUGGGACGAAAAGUCGCGAAUCGUCGUGCUUUCGGCCCUCUUGGCCCAAAAAGCGACGGAAACGAGUCAGGCGGUCGUCACGAGUAUUAUCGAUUCGCUUUUCUAUGUCAAAGUUAGUUUUUUUAAUGGUUUUCCAGAAAGUUAGGCUAUUUUUACACUUUCAGACGCGCGCCGGAGAGUUUGCGGCCAUUCAAAUUUCGGAGAAAAACGAGCAGGUGCUCCGAGAGCUCGUCGUCGCCGUUCAGGGAGAAGAAGACGUGAAACGGUCGGAGAAGACGAUCGGGAAGGCGAAAUUGAGGAGAAAGUGAGCGGUUUUUGAGGGGAAUUGUUCCAAGCCUGGGCGGAUUACCGAUUGAAGCGAAAAAAGGGAAAUCGCAUUUUUUUCUCUUUCUCAAAUUUCUCAAAUUGUCAAUAAUAUUCCGUGCAGAUCGCUUCAAAUCCUGUGGUACAUGACGCGUCUGUGGUCGAAAAUCGCGGCUUCUCCGGAAGAUGCGGCCUCGUACGACGCCGACAGUCUGGAAAUUGUGCAAAUAGCGAAGAACGAGUCGGACGAGAGCAACUCGCUGGUCUUUGUCGAUCUUUUGCUGUCGAUCCUGUCGAGAGAGCACAAAUUCCAUCGGACGCCCGUUGCUUUCGCGUUCGUUCAUUCGAUCCCCACACUGAAUUCCAAGGAUCUGGUCCAUAUUGUUGAGGUGAGUGAGAUUAGAGACAUUUUCAUCAUCAUUUAAAUUUUCUUUAUAGACGGCAAUGAUGUCGGCGGCGGAAUUGGCUGGAAACGACGAGGAAGAGGUGGAGGACGAGGAGGGAAUGCCCUUUGACGAAUCGGAAAUUCCGAUGAACGAAGAAGAGGAAGAAAGUGAAAGUGAGGAGGAAGGAGAAGAAGAAGAAGAGGAAGAGGAAGAAGAAGAAGGAAAUGCCUCCGUCGACCAGGAGCUCCUCGACAAACUGACGGCGGCUCUGGGCGACGCGGCCGCCGGGGAAACCACUUCGGACGUCGAAAUGGACGAUUUGGACGACGAGGCGAUGCUGAAAAUGGACGAGCGAUUGGCCGCCGCGUUCAAGGCCGUCGCGCCGAACGCCGCUAAAAGGUGGGCAGUUUUUGGGAAUUUUAGGCUGAAAUUCUGAUUUUUGCAGUCAAAAACGAAGUGCGAAGAACGUGGAGGCGCUGAAAAUGAAGAUCGCCGACCUUUUGCUCAUCGCAAUUUCGUCGAAAGAGCUCAGCGAACAAAUCAAAGUGAAAUUGGUGAUUCCGAUUUUGAAAUGGGCGAAAAAAGACGCGAAAACGCACGAUAAAGUGGCCCAGAAGGCGCUGGAACUCGUGAAUAUCGUGCUGAAAAUGAAAUUGGCCGAAGUGAGCGAAAAAGAGGCUCUGAAACUGCUAAAAAAGGUGCUCGAGGAGGCGCAGUCGACCACGAACCUCCUGAUCAUCGACGCCAUCGCAAGGGUCGUCACUUUUGUGGUGAGUCUAUACUUUUUUUUAAAUUCUUUGCGAUUUAUGAAACAUUGUCCAGCUCAAAGUCAGCUCGAAAGACGGAAAGAGCGUGUCGGCGGGCGUUCGCACCGAAUUCCAGUCGGUCUUCGAGAAUUAUCUGAAAAAUGUGGAGGGAAAAGUGCCGUCCAACUUUGUCAUUCAGCCAAUCGCCGAUCUUCCGGUUCGUUAAAAAAAAAACAUUGUUUUUGAACAUUAUUUAAUUCUAGGUUCUGUUUGUCGAACAGCUCGGAAUGCUCGUCGACGCCGGAUUCGACGAGGAGAAUCGCAUUUUUAAGAGGGUAAAUAUUUUCAGAUUUUUUUCGGGGCAAAUAACCGUCGGCUGAUUUGUAGCCGCCGCGCACUCCUUGGCCGUUCUGAGACUUUAGAUGCGUGCCGUCGGCAGGAUACCAAUUCAUUUCAGUUGAUUUUUUCGGAAUGACUUCAUAAUGAUUGAAACUCGCAAGCAGCAACGAGAAACUCGCAAAAAUGUCUAGGAAUCAUCGCCAAAAUAAUGGGGUUAUUCAGGCUGUGAAAAAAUGAUUUUUUUCUGUUUUUUUUCGUUUUUUUACGUCAAAAAACCCAAUUCAGGGGUGUAAAAAAACGAAAAAAACGGAAAACAAACAUACGCUGAAUAGCCCCAUAACCUUUUUUCGAAGUAUAGCUGCUCGUGCGUGCUUUUUAUGUCUCUUUGCUAGUUUACAUCAUGACGAACUCAUUCCCAUUGUUAAAACUUGAACACAGCACACCUUAAAUCAAGCCCAAUGAGCAUGCAAAGUUUGGGCCCGAUCGGAUUACCUUCAAAAAGCCUGGGCCGGCCUUUUGCCCAGCCCUGAUUUUUUCCACAAAUCGAUGAAAAUGUUCAAUGUUCAGACGGAAAUUCUCGGCGCCACCUCCAUGAUUUUCUCGAAGCAAGUACUGCAGGAGGUGACGAUCAAAGCGGCGAUUGUGAAAAAGAUUGGAAAAUUGGCAGCGGCCUAUUUUGAAAAAGUCAUCGAUACCGACAAGUCGGAGGUGAGAAAUUUUGACCCGGUCCGCAAGCAAUUUCCCUGAUUUCCCCCAUUGUGUUUGCAGCUGAAGCCGCGCCUGUUCGGAACGGUGCUCCAUUUGGUGCUCCGCGUCUCGACGGCUCUUCAAAACGACGAAAAACACGUGGAUUCGUUGCGCGAGAGUCUGGAGACGGUCGUCCGGAAAAUGUCCGACGGCGACGUCUUUGUGCAGCUCAAAAAGAUCAAUCCUGUGUGUCAUCAUGUACGUUUCCUUCAAAAACGUCUGGUCUUCCAAUAAUUUCCCUUUUUUUCUCAGAUUAUCGGAAAAUCGAUCGCCGGCGCGUUCACCUCGAUCAAAAAGUGCCUGGAAAUUGAGAAUUAA